CGCCAGUUCUCGGGGACACUCGGCUAUAUCUUCGCGGCGCACGUCGACGAUAGGACGACGUCCGUCCGUCUUCGCGAUCACCAGCCGGACGAUCUGCGUGUCGUUGAUCCGUUUGCGCACGGCCGACGACGGGGCGGUGGAUCUCGCGAAAGAAUCACAAUGGCUACCGCACAAUUGAACAGGGCCAGGACCGUAAAGAAGCUCGAAAAACCACGGCCGCUUAAGCUUAACCAGCGCAACUCGACCGUCGAUGGGCGGAUCACGACUGUAGAGGAUAUAGUGUCCUUAAUCGACAAUGUUGCAAUGCAACUGACCAAUGGCUUCCAUGACCGAACGCUGCAAAUGAAUGUGAUCUCUAUGUGUAGUCAUCUGAAACUCUAUGCCAACCAAUUAGAAGCUAUUUACAAAGAUCAGCUGGAUCGGGCCUUUGUGGCGAUCAGAAAUGGGAGCCAGGACGACAGAUUAGAUUUGACGACCAGGGUUCAUCUGCUGGAACUCAUCGAGCUGCGAGCGAAGCAAUGGCGUCACACCGAUUCGAUGGACGUGUACUACAUGCAGAAGCUGUCGCAUUUAGACAAUACCGAGGCGGUACCCGAUACACCUACGAACUCUCUGUCGUCCCCGUUGUUGACUUCACCCACCUCGGCGCCGAUCCUGGGGCCCGGAGAGGUGCUCAAGAAUAGCGGGAAGUUCGCGAAGCCUACGCGCAUACCGGGGAAAAAUUACUGCAAAGACGAGGUCGUCAUUCGCAACAGCGACUCGGGCAAAGUGAUGGGAAUAAAAGGGCGGCGAGUUCACAUGAUAGAGGAGCUCAGCCAGACGAUCAUCUCCUUCCAGCGAGUAAACCCUGGAGCUAAAGAACGACUUGUCCAAAUCACGGGAACGUCUGAGGACAAGAUUCAUUAUGCGAAGGACUUAAUCAAAGAUACGAUACAACGAAAUGCAUCGCCAGUGAGACUGGAGCAGAGCACCGGCGGCGAGAAGGGGGCCAUGGGCGGCUCCAGCUCCUCGCUCAACAGCAGCGCGUCGGACGAGAGCAACCGGCUGCAGCAGCAGCAGAAUCAGCAGCACAACUCACGCCUACGCUCGUCCCUCCUGCACAGUCUUUCCACCAACGACGCCAGCAUAGGCGAAUACAAGUACACCGUCACCGUCGGCAACCAGUCCCUCAAAAUCACGGGCUGCAAUCUCGACCUCGUCAGGACGGCAAAACUGGUGCUGGACGAGCACUUCUUGGGCGACUCUGAGAACUUCACCAGCGGGAUAGAGUACUUCAAUUACGAGGACGAGCCCAGCUUCAACGUAAACACCACCUCCACCCCCAACCUUCUCCGCACGCCGUUGUCGCCGUUGGACAAUGUGAACGCUCCUGUUUCUCUGGGCCGAGAGUUAAGUGUGGAAAGCGCCGCGACCUCGUCGGAGAGCGAAGAAACUUACAAGCCUCGUCCGAUCUCCGAAGAGCGAGGCUCGAUUCAACAAGUUCCAGAAGCGAGAGAACUUACGUACGAGCUUCUACUGCUGACUGCGUCGGGCCCGUUUGCGAAGCGGCCGCCGGCCGAUUGGGCGCGCAUACAGAGGGAAUGUCCCAAUAUAGUUCGUAAGGCACCGAUUCGCUGGUUCGAACCGGAGGCGUACAAAGCCAAGCUAGCAGCCGCUGGCCCCGUUGCGAUAUUGCCGAUCGGCGAGGCGGAAACCGAUCCCGAGUGAGGCCGGAGGUCAAUUUUGUCGCCUUCCUCCCGUUUAUCCUCCUCCCUCCCCCCCCUCACCUUGGCGACGAUAAAUUUUCAGAGAUAUACGACGUGUGUGCGCGCGCUGUAAUGUCUUGUCGGUCGUAACAAGAUUGAAAAAAAAAAUGAAGAUUGAAAAGAUCAAAAAAAAGAGAGAACUCUUUCCUUGAGGGAAAGAGUCGUGAGAGCCGAAGCGUCGAAGAAUUUCGUUGAAAUCUCGAGGAAAGUGUCGAAAAGUGCCGAGGAGACGCAACCAAAUACGAAUCAUCGCGGAUUCACGCGCUUCGUGCGAUCGAACACGCUAGUCAUUAGAGUGUGAAAAAUAUUCUAUUUAUUCAGCAUAAAAAAAAACAAAUGAUCGCGCGAUCACUUUGUCUUCUCGAUCGAUUUACACGCGUCGUUAUUUUGCGAAUACCAUACAUGGCACCGCACGUGCGACAUUCUGCCGCACCGGAACAAUCCCGGCGGACAAAAAUGUUGUGUUUAGUUGUUAAUGACAAACGAAAAA